GGCGGCGGCGGCGGCGGCGGGCGGCACCCGCAGCGUCCGAGCCCCGCGCUCCGCUCCGGCCAGGCGGGCCCCGAGCGGCGCGCCCGCCGGCUCGGCCCGGAGCCCCCGCGCCGCGCCCCGCGAGGCGCCCAGCAGCAGCCGGCCCCCGCCGUCCAGCCAGCCGGCCGUCUGUCCGUCCGAGCCCCGGGAGCAGCCCGCCCGCCGGCCAUGGAGCACCAGCUGCUGUGCUGCGAGGUGGAGACCAUUCGCCGGGCGUACCUCGAUGCCAACCUCCUCAAUGACCGGGCGCUGCAGACCAUGCUCAAAGCCGAGGAGACGUGCUCGCCGUCCGUGUCGUACUUCAAGUGCGUGCAGAAGGACAUCCUCCCCUACAUGCGCAAGAUCGUGGCCACCUGGAUGCUCGAGGUGUGCGAGGAGCAGAAAUGCGAAGAGGAAGUUUUCCCCCUGGCUAUGAACUAUCUGGACCGGUUCCUGUCCCUGGAGCCGCUGAAGAAGAGCCGGCUGCAGCUGCUGGGGGCCACCUGCAUGUUCGUGGCGUCCAAGAUGAAGGAGACCAUCCCCCUGACGGCCGAGAAGCUGUGCAUCUACACCGACCACUCGGUGCGGCCCGAGGAGCUGCUGCACAUGGAGCUGCUCCUGGUGAACAAGCUCAAGUGGCACUUGGCUGCCAUGACUCCCCACGACUUCAUCGAACACUUUCUGUCCAAGAUGCCCGUGCUGGAGGAGAACAAGCAGAUCAUCCGCAAGCACGCGCAGACCUUCGUGGCCCUCUGUGCUACAGACGUGAAAUUCAUUUCCAACCCUCCCUCCAUGAUCGCGGCGGGGAGCGUGGUGGCCGCCGUCCAGGGCCUGCACCUGGGAAGCACCAACUCCUUCCUCACCUAUCAGCGUCUCACCAGAUUCCUGUCUCAAGUCAUUAAGUGCGACCCGGAUUGCUUACGAGCCUGCCAGGAGCAGAUCGAAGCCCUCCUGGAGUCCAGCCUGCGCCAGGCCCAGCAGCACAGCUCAUCCUCGGUACCCAAGAACAUGGAGGAAGAGGGGGACCUGUCUUACACGCCCACCGACGUCCGGGACGUGAACAUUUGAGGGGCCGCCGCCUGCUGGGGGGUCCGCCGAGUCCGGAGGCAUCCGGGGAAGGAGGCCGCGGCCGCCGUGUCAGGAGCCCCCGCCCCGGUCCCCACCAUUAACACCCUUCUCCGGGACACUUGUAGACAGAAACGGCCCCUCCGUUCUCUCUGUUCCUCUGCUUUCUGUCGCGCUCUCUCCCCUUCCAUCCAUGACUUACAGGAACCAGCCCAAAAACUGUCUUGGAAGCAAAGGAGUCGCCUGGCCCCGGGGGAAGGGGCUUUGCGCCACAAAUAGAUGCUUUUAUACUCUAAUAAUCAACUAGUUUUUAUAUUAACGUGUUUAUGACUAUGUUGUAAAGCUAGGCGUUAACCUGAGAGGAAGGUCUCCAGGGGAGGUCCCAGAUCUGAUUCCUUACACGGUGAACCCCCCAAAAGAAGCCCCCAAAUGCAGAAACCACAAAAUGGAGCAGAACAAGUGAAACCGGCUCUUGGGAGGUAGCAGAGGGUUAGUGCUUUUCUUCUGGUAGCUGUAGAGCUCGGGGCGCGGCAUCCCUGGCCCCGCCAGCUAACGCAUGUAGUCACUUUACGGUCAGAGCCCCUCUGUUCUCCUCGUCGGCUCGCGAGCGGGUCAGCGGCAGCGCUUCAUUUCAGGCUCAUCUUGUUUGUGUCUCAGGCUCUCCUGGGCGGAGGAAGGCUUUAUUCCCGAGUUGUCUCACACACACACACACACACACACACACACACACACAUACACACACACACACCCUCAUCCAGGACUUGUAUUUUAGAAAAGACAAAGUAGUGACAUAAUAUAUUCUAUUUUUGUAAUCUUCCUAUUUUUUUAGCGCACGCUGAGGGUAUGUGGAAGGCCGGGGACUCCGCGGGUCCCUCUGUCACCCACCCUUUCUCCCCCGGCGCCUCCUCCUUGCGUCCGGCGGAAUCUGUGGCGUGCUCCGAAACCAUUCCAUUCCAAAGCACUUUCAGUCCGGAGAGAGGAAGCCACGUGGCCGGGUUUGGGGGGGGGCGGGGCGGGGGACUUUCUAAAUGGAAUGGUUUGGAAGUGGGCGAAUGCUCAAAGGUGGACUGCCAAGUGAGCGCACUGGCUAGACUGGGAUGGUUUGAGAAGGUCGAGUGUCAGGUGAGAGAGAGAGAGAAAGAAAGAAAGAAGGAGAAAGAAGGAGAGAGAAAGAGAGAGGGAAGAAGAGAGAAAGAGAGAAAAUAGGUUUGUAAAGUGUCAGGAUGGACUCCUGCCCUUCCCAUCUUUAACGCCAACUGAUGUUUGUAAAUUAGGAGCCUUAAAGGUUCGCUUUAGACCGCAUAGUUUUAAGGAUAAUCUCUACCUGUUUUACAACAGAAGGUUCUUAAAGGCUAAAGUAUAUAAUUUAUAGUUAAGGCUAUCAAGCAUAUUUAUUGCAGAGAAAAUUCAGAAGGCCAGUAUAAUUUGUAAAAUAAUGCAAUCUCCCCCUUGGUUUUAAAACACACACACACACACUCACACACACACACAUCCCCACAAUACCUUGUGCUUACCCGUGACGUAGCAGUUUUAACGCAGCUUGUCAAAGACCGGUCCUUUCAAGAAUCAAGUGAUCAGGGAGACGCAGCAAUUGGAAGGGGAGAGGGUCUUCUCCUUUCCCCAAGCGCUCUGUCUGGCCGUGGAGAAAGACACGCAGGAGCUGGGGAGCUCACCCGGGAGUCUGGGGGGGUCCGGCGUCCGCGUCUUUCUUCCCUUGUGUAGUGACCGAAAAUUUGCACAUCUGGGCGACGCAUGUUGUUAUAUUUAGGGAGUAAGUAGGUGAAGGGAUGGGGUGGACAGAGGGAGGGGCAGAAGGAGACGAAGCUGACCUUGGAGAAGGACGAGGACGUGGUGGGGAAGCGGAGAGAUGGACGGAAGGAUGGAUAGAUGCAUGGGGGGAGCUGCCAUGCGCUAAAGGGGGUGAUUGUAAAAGUAAUGGUAGGAGUGGGGGAUACUCCGUUUUUAUUGAGCUGCUAUGGAUGAAUUCCCAGCAUGGUUUGGAAAAGGAAAAAAAAAGACAGCCAGCAUUGCCUCUCUGUAUCUUUGUCAUGUUGUUUUGCUGCUAUAUAUUGUGGAUCAUUUUUUUUUACACAAUGUCAUUAACUGCCAUGUCAUAAGUUUUUAAUUUUCUCAUAGAAAAUUAUAUUAUUGACAAUU